AGAAUCGGCCAAUUAGGGUUUUUGUAGCUGAAAACAACAGCCACUAAAAGAGGAAGAACAGAGAGCCGCUGAGGUAACCGUAAUGGCCGUCGCCGAAGAAUCGAAACCGGUGGUACCCGAGUCCGUGCUGAAGAAAACCAAAAGAAAUGAGGAGUGGGCGGUGGCUAAGAAGCAAGAAUUAGAAGCUUCAAAGAAGAAGGCUAAAGAAAAUCGCAAAUUAAUCUUUAACAGAGCUAAGCAGUAUGCUCAAGAAUAUGAUCAGCAGCAAAAGGAGUUGAUUCAGUUGAAGCGAGAGGCUAAGUUAAAAGGAGGAUUUUAUGUUAAUCCUGAAGCUAAAUUGCUGUUUAUCAUCAGGAUUCGUGGUAUUAAUGCCAUUGACCCUAAGACCAAGAAGAUUUUGCAGCUGUUGCGUUUGAGACAGAUUUUUAACGGUGUAUUCCUAAAAGUAAACAAAGCAACAGUGAAUAUGCUUCAUAGAGUUGAGCCUUAUGUGACAUACGGAUACCCGAACUUGAAGAGUGUGAAAGAAUUGAUCUACAAGAGGGGCUUUGGAAAAGUGAACCAGCAGAGAAUUGCACUGACAGACAAUUCUAUUGUUGAGCAGGUUCUUGGCAAGCAUGAGAUUAUCUGCGUCGAGGAUCUGAUCCAUGAAAUUUUGACCGUUGGACCUCAUUUCAAGGAAGCAAACAACUUCCUGUGGCCAUUCCAGCUCAAGGCACCUCUGGGAGGUAUGAAGAAGAAGAGAAAUCACUAUGUGGAAGGAGGUGAUGCCGGAAACCGUGAAGACUACAUCAAUGAGCUAAUCAGGAGAAUGAACUAGGCACCUCAGUUUUGUUGUAUUUGUUUUUGUUUUUGCAGCAGCUUGCAAUUAGUGGUUCCUGUUUUUUUUUUUUUUUUUUUGCUCCUUUGACAUAGUUUAUUUUCUAAAUAUCUGAAGCUGUUGAUGACAGGAUUGGCCUCGAGACAUUGGCUUUAUUUUUAUUUCUAUAUGCAGGACCUUUUAUUUUUCA